AAUUUUUGUUGAGCCAAGCGAGCGAGCAGCUGAUUGAUUAUUACUUAUUAGGGUUAUCUUAAAUUUUAUUUGAUUCUCAAAAAUGAAUAAACACAGAAUAUUUAUACGCAUGCUUGACUCUUCUAAACCUGUGAGAGUAGUUUCAAGAUCAAUCAAAACAGAACCUAGUGAAGCUACAGCAAAUACAUCAUCAAUCGACUAUUGUGCAGAUAUAGUAAAACAGCAUGAUUAUGAAAACUUUUUGGCUACUCUUCUGAUGACGAAGUCUCUGCGCUCUCCUGCCUUUGUAUUGAGAGCUUUCAACGUAGAAGUAGCUCGAGUGCAAGACUUAACAUCUGAUGCUCAGACAGCUGCAUUCCGGCUACAAUUCUGGCAUGACGCUCUCAAGGGAAUGUUUAACAAAGAACAGACACUGAAAGAUGUACCUGCAAAUCCUGUAGCACAAGAACUGUUUAAGGUGUGUUGCUGUUAUGGACUGCAACGAAGGCAUUUGGAAAAACUCAUCACAUCAAGAAGUAACAUGAACAAGGCAAAAUAUUUUAAAAGUUUAGAGGACAUUGAGAAAUAUGCUGAAGAAUCGGUGUCUUCUGUGUACUACCUCCUGUUAGGCAUAGGAGGAGUUAAAGAUGUCCAUGCUGAUCAUGCUGCGUCACAUUUGGGGAAGGCUCAAGGAAUAACAAAUAUACUGAGAUCUGUCCAUGUAUCCAGUCGCCAGAAGGUAGUCUUCCUGCCCAUGGAUAUACUUAUGAAGUAUGAAUUAAGUCAAGAAAAUGUCCUGAGAUGCACUGACAGUGAACAAAUGAGGAAUGCAGUCUUUGAAAUUGCUUCAAGAGCAAACAGUCAUUUAGAAAAGGCAAGGAAAAUAAUCGUUCCUGAAACUGCUAGGCAGAUAUUUUUGCCUGCAACAGCUGUCGACAACUAUUUAACUAAACUUCAAAAGAGAAACUUUAAUAUAUUUGACAGGUCACUCCUCCAAGCUAGUCCCAUCCUACCAUUCAAGCUUUACUAUAACAGGUUACUAAAUAAAUUUUAGAUUACUAUUAGUAAUUAGUAAUCUUCAAUGAAGUAACAUUCAAUGUAGUUAAUUUAAAACUAUGUACAAAAGAGUAGAUGUUAUAAAAAUAAAUGUAGAUCUUUGUUUUCAUAAA